AUGAGUUACAUCCUGGAGACGGUGAGCAGUCCUUCCUCCUCGUACCGGAGGCUGGAGAGCAAGAGCUACAGCAGCCGGGCCGCCGCUUCCUCUCGCCCUCAGCCGUGGUCUCGGGUUAGUGCACCCGCUCCGGUGCUGACCUCGUCCUCCUCUGUGUCUUACCGGCGCCUGGCUGGCGGGGUGCAGGCUCCCCGGGCUUACAGCUCUUCCGAGAGCCUCGACUUCAGUCAGUCCAGCGGCCUGAAUGGAGAUUACAGGGGAAGCGGGGGCCGGAAUGAGAAGGAACUGCUGCAGGGUUUAAACGACCGCUUCGCGGGCUACAUCGACAAGGUGCACUCGCUCGAACAGCACAACAAACAACUGGAGGCUGAGAUUCAGUCUCAGCGCCAGAAGCAAGCCAGCCACGGGCAGCUGGGGGAGGUGUACGAGCAGGAGCUGAGGGAGCUCAGGAGCCUGAUAGAGCAGGUGAACCACGACAAGGCGCUACUCCAGCUCCAGACCGAGCACCUCGAUGAUGACCUGCAGCGGCUACGGGAGCGCCUGGAGGACGAGGCGAGGCUCCGGGAAGACACCGAGGCCAACAUUAGGGGGCUGCGGAAGGAGGCGGAGGACGCGGCGCUGCUCAAGCUGGAGAUGGAGAAGAAAGCUCAGUCCCUUCAGGACGAGAUCGCUUUCCUUCGGGCUAACCACGAGGAAGAGCUGGCCGAACUCUUCGCCCAGAUCCAGGCGUCCCAGGUCACGGUGGAGCGCAAGGACGGGCUGAAGACCGACCUGAGCUCGGCGCUGAAGGAGAUCCGCUCGCAGCUCGAGGGCCACUCGGCCAAGAACCUGCAGCAGACCGAGGAGUGGUUCAAGUGCCGCUACGCCAAGCUGAACGAGGCGGCCGAGAUCAACAAGGACGCGAUCCGCUCGGCCCGCGAGGAGAUCGGCGAGUACAGGCGCCAGCUCCACACCAAGUGCAUCGAGCUCGAGUCGGUCCGCGGCACCAAAGAGUCCCUGGAGAGGCAGAUCAGCGACAUCGAGGACCGGCACAACGCCGAUGUCUCCAACUACCAGGAAACCGUCCAACAGCUGGAGAAUGAGCUCCGCAACACCAAGUGGGAAAUGGCCCGUCACCUGCGGGAAUACCAAGAUUUGCUGAAUGUGAAAAUGGCUUUGGAUAUCGAGAUUGCCGCUUACAGGAAACUGUUGGAAGGUGAAGAAUCUAGAUAUACCUUCUCUGGAAGCAUCACUGGCCCCUCCUUCCCCUAUAGACCUCCGACCACACCCACAGCCCUGGUCAAAGUGCAGAAAACCAAAGAAGCCCCCAAGUUGAAAGUGCAGCACAAAUUCGUGGAAGAGAUCAUUGAAGAAACCAAAGUGGAAAAUGAGAAAGCAGAACUGGAUGAGCUGGACUUGGCCGAGGCAGUGGAAGUGUCUGCAGCUGAAUCCAGUGUCGAGGAGGAGGAGGUGGUCAAAGAGGUAGUUGUAACCACAGUCAAGACUGCAGUUCAGGCUGAGCCAGAAGCAAAGGGUGAGGAAGAGGAGGAGGCAAAGGAGGAGGAGGAGGAGGAAAAGGAGGAGGAGGAAAAGGAAGAAGAGGAGAAAGGUGAAAGAGAAGGUGGUGCUGACCAGGAAGAAAGAGAGGAGGAGGAAGAGGCAGAAGGUGAGGCCAAGGAGGCAGAAGAAAGUGAAGAAGUCAAGGAGAAGAUUGAAAGUGUGAAGCUGGAGGAAUCGAAAGCUCUGCCAGAGGAUCAGGCAAAGAAAGCAAGUGAGGAGGAGGAGGAAGAAGAAGUCACCAAGAAAGAAGAAGCUGCUGAAGAGCCUAAAAAAGAACUCACAGAAAAUGGGGAGGAAGCAGCACCCGAAGAUGCUAAGAAGAGCAAGGAAGCGGUCGAAGAGAAGCUUGUUUCUGAGAAAAAGGUUGAGGCAGUUGAAGAGGGCAAAGAAGCAGCAACAAAAGUCAAAUCACCACAGAAAGAGGAGGCCAAAGUAGAAUUGGAGGACAAAUCACCAAAAGAAGAGAAAGCCCCAGAAGCUGAGGAAAAGAAGGAUGAAGACAAGUCAAAAGAUGAAGGCACAACCAUCAAUGGAGAGGUCAAAGAGAAAGGGGAUGGCACCAAGGAAAAGGAGGAAGAGUCGCAAAUCAUUUCCAAUGGGGUUGAUCAGAGUCCUACAAAGGAGGAGGACUCUGACAUUGUCUCCCACAUGAAGACCGCAACAAAGACUAUCCAUAAGGUCAUCGAUGAUGAUGACGGGAUGACCAAACACAUCAAGGAGAUCACCAAAUCUGUCACGGUAACUCAGACAAUGGAGGAGACAGAAGAGGUUGUCCAGGAGACAAUAGUGUCCACUAAGACGGUUGAGAAAACCUCACACUCGGUCAUAAAGAAGGAGGAGGACAACGAGUGAAGUGAACCUCACGAAGCAAAGGGGAUGACACUUGACAGCUAAAGAUGCAUGGGUGUGACAGCUUUUCUGGCCUUGAGCAGAGUGGGUCCUCCCUUGAGGAGCUCCAGACUUCCCGUCUUUUCCUUUUGUGCAAUAGAAGAAACUGCAUGCAAGUUUAAAAAAAUGUGCCCUCCACAGCGCUGAAAUACAAGGAACCACUGAACGGAUAAAAUCCGACACAACUGAAAACCCAAUUGCAUGGAAGACAUAUGCACUGAGUCAUGACAAACAACGAAAUGUUCAAGAGAGGUUGUGAGCUGUUGGGGAGUGCUUUUGAGAAAGUGUAAAGAUGUAUUAUGCAAAGAAUAAACUGAGCCAAAAAGUUAAAAAAAACGAAAAAAAAUCCUUAGCCUUAAACUGCUCAUUGAUUAAUCUAUGUUUACCUCACGAGUGCUUUUAAAAUGGACUUCCAUUGGUGGGAGGGAGGGACUACUGAUCAUUCACCAACACGUCACACUGUAUCACCCCAUG